GUGCAGGAGCGGUGGCCCAAAGCCCCCUGGCACCGUCCGAGCCCGGAUCCAGCGCUCUCACGGCCACCGCGGCCACGCGCGUGUCGUUGAUGCCGGUGACAGCCGCAGACCGCAGGUAGAGUGCAGGGCGCGGAGCCAUGAAGCUGAACGAGCGGAGUUUGGCCUUCUACGCCACCUGCGACUCCCCGGCCGACAACUCCGGCUUCCUCUACAAGCGAGGCGAGCGGCACACGGCCUAUCACCGCCGCUGGUUCGUGCUCAAGGGCAACAUGCUCUUCUACUUCGAGGAGCGGGACAGCCGGGAGCCCGUGGGCGUCAUCGUGCUGGAGGGCUGCAACGUGGAGCUCUGCGAUUCAGCCGAGGGUUUUGCCUUCGCCAUCCGCUUUGGCGGCACCAAGUCCCGCACCUACGUGCUGGCGGCGGAGAGCCAGGCGGCCAUGGAGUCGUGGGUGAAGUCGCUGUCCCGAGCCAGCUUUGACUAUAUGAGGCUGGUGGUGCGGGAGCUGGAGAAGCAGCUGCAGGAGAUGGGCGGGGGGCUGGCCGGAGGAUGUGAGGGCUCCCGGGAGCCUCCCGGCCCCUGGAAGCCGAAGCCAUCGGGGCUGGAGCAGUCCCGGGAGCGGCUGCCGGCUCUGCCCGCCAUCCUGCCCAAGGAGAACGGCUGUGCGGUGUGGAACAACGUGCUGGGGGCGGCCCGGCUGCCCGAGAGUUCUGGCUGCGGGGGGCACGGUGAGGAGGGGACCCCGCGGCGGGUGGGGAACGGCGAGGCGGCGAGCGCCGGGCCGGCCGUGGCACAGAGCCCGUCCACCUUCUGCCGGCUCCACCAGCAGUACGGCCGGGAGGUGGCCCGGCUGCGGCAGGACUGGCAGCAGAGGCAGCGUGGCCCGCGGCUCUGA